CUCGGUCCCCGCCCGCGUACGGUGGCUCGCGAGGCUUGGCGGGUCCCGGGUGCAGUCUGAGCGUCUGAGCGCGGGUCCGGCGCGGCGGGGUUCAUCAGUAUUGGAGUUUUAGUCAUGUUCUCAGUGUAUCUGACUUUUUUUUCUCUCACGCAUCAGGAAGAGUUCAGAAUCAGAUAGCAUGGCAUUAGUCACCUUGCGGAGGAACUUUUGUCACCUGCCUGAUUUUCGGGUAUGUGGAGCUCUGGUUGCUCUGAAAAGUCGCCCUGUAAAUCGCAUGAACAAGGUCGUUAAGGGGCAUCAGCAUCCUUGGUUCUGUUCAGUGCAGCCUAAGCCUGUCAGGGUGCUGAUCCAUCCUGCCUGUGGGAAAAAGUUCCAUGCAGAAAAUGGAACCGACCAUGCCCCACUUGGUGAGCAAAGGUUCUCUCAAGCACACGACUGGGACGGGCUUGACCAGAGCCUUCGAAUGGAAGGCGAGCAGGUAUUUUACAAGAGGCUGGACAGCCUCACCUCGUGGGAAGAAGUGUUAAGUUUCGUAAGCACACUGGAAACUCUGCCCGAGACUUGGGCCGCGGGAGCUUUACAGCGCAUUUGUGAGGUGGGAAAAGGAGAUGAUGAUCAAAGACUGCCAAAGGAAAUACAGGAGGAUAGUGUCUUUCAAGCUUUGUGCUUUCGGUUGGAACAGCAGCCCUUGCGCCUGUCCAGCACUGGUUUGGUGACUGCUUUACAAGCUCUCAUUCUGUUGCAUGUGGAUCCUCAAAGUAGCCUGGUACUGAACCUGGUGGCUGAAUGCCAGAAUCGUCUCCAAGCCGGUGUCCUGGAAGCCUCUGAUCUCUGCAUUCUUGGGGAGACUCUGAUUAGGCUGCAAGGUCCAGGCUGUGCGACACUAGAACUGAUUAUACACCAACUGCAAGGUAAAAAACUGGAAACACUUACCCCAGAGGAUAUUGUGGCCAUUUACAGAAUACUGCAGACCUGUUCUGAAAAAGUGGACCAACACCAAACUUUUUUGAACGUGGUAAACAACUUCUCUCUUUCAGUCGUUUCCUACCUGAGUCCUAAGUCAAUUAGCCAGAUGUUGGCUGCCCUCGUGGUUCUUGAUCAAACUCAGGCCCAUCCUCUGAUUAUAAAAUUGGGUAAAUAUGUCGUGAGGCACAUUCCUCAUUUCACCAAUGAAGAGCUCAGGAAAGUCUUGGAGGCUUUCAUAUAUUUUGGAGUCCGUGACAGGUUUUUUACAAAAGCCCUAGAGCGGCGUGUAGCUUCACACUGUCUCACCCUGGAUCCUGAAGUUAUCAGUAAAGUCACAGAGUACUGCAGUGGAAAACUGAUUCUUUCAAAACGCAUUCUGAAUGCAGUGGCAGAAACUUUUGUCUGCCAGUCAGAAAAAUUUUCACCUAGUCAGAUUUCUGAAUUAAUUGAACCAUUUGGCAAGCUCAAUUAUUUGCCACCAAACGCCCCUGCCUUCUUUAGGAAGCUAGAAAAUGUGCUGUUCACUGGUUUCAAUCAUUUUCCACCCAAAACGCUCCUGCGAGUUCUCCAUGCCUGUUCCCUUAUUGAGUACCAUCCAGUCAACUUUAUGCCAAAAAUAUUCAGCCCUUUUUUUCUUCAGCAGCUGCAAGGUGAAGAGUCAUACUUGGACAGAUUGAGUCUGGCACAGCUGACCCAGCUUUUCCUCACCUCUGUGCUAGAGUGCCCUUUCUAUAAGGGUCCAAAACUUUUGGCUAAAUAUCGAGUGAAAUCAUUUCUCACUCCAUACUGUUCCCUGGAGACCCCAGUGGAUUUUGCACUCUAUAAAUAUGUGGUCAUGGCCCUGAUUGACCUUCUAGGAGGAAGAAUGUAUUUUGCUUCCAAAGUGUUAACACCGUACUGUUACACCAUAGCUUCACCUGCUGAUGUUGAAAUUAAAUUAGAUGAAGAAGGAUUUGUCUUACCAUUUACAGCUAAUGAAGAUGUCAAUAAAAGGAUAGCACUGUGCAUUGAUGGUCCAAAAAGGUUUUGCUCCAAUAGCAGUCACUUACUAGGAAAAGAAGCUAUUAAACAAAGACACUUAAGAUUACUUGGUUAUCAAGUUGUUCAGGUCCCCUAUCACGAGAUGGAGAUGCUCAAAUCCAGGCUUGAGUUGGUGGAAUACUUGCAGGGAAAACUCUUUCCCCAGAACCCUUCUGUUCAUUGGUGACAAGGAUACUGGCUUUGGGACACGAUAGUGAAAGAACUUGUGGUCUCGGGACAGUUUAUGAAAGGAAAAUGACUUUUGAAUCGGUCAUGUUGCAGAAUUUUGUCUAUGGCCUGGUGAUCCAAAAAGAGUCUGUGGUUUUCCUUAUAUUGUGUAUAUACUUAUUUGUAGUAAAUGUAAAAUUAAUGCUAAUGUCAUAGACAUUUUUACACAGAAAGAAUUGAUCAAGUAUAAUAAACAGUGAAUAAAUGUUC